CCACACCGUUUGAUUCCAGAAUUUUUUUUAUAUUCCACUUAUUAUUCAUUUUUUUAAAUUCUCUUUUUUUUAAUCUGACUAUAUACAUAGAUUACGAAGAAUUUCAUUUUUUUCCACUGAUUAAUUAUCAUCAUCAUCACCGACAUCAUCAAUAUGCCUCAUAGAUUCGGUAUAAAUUUAGCACCAAAUUCAGCGGACAAAAAAUGUGAUGCAUUGAUCAUUAUAUCAUAUGAUGAUAAACUUACAUUCACCAGAGAAUUGGAACAAUAUAGAAAAUUGAUUGAUGAACAAAAAGAAUUUGAUAUUAAAUAUCAGAUUGAAGGCGGUAUGAUUGUAUUGCCAAAUAGUUCAUUUAAACGUUUGAUCUAUACACCGGUUGGACCUAUCGAUAGAGAUUUCGAUGAUGUACGUACAUUUAUGGAUGCUGCAACUCGUGGAUUAUCACGUGCAUUGAAAGCUGGUGCACGAAUGCCAUUGAUUAUAUUGCCAUCGAACAAUGGUUUUCAUGAACAAUAUUCAUUAUAUGAUUUAGCCAUAUUGCUUGGUGUAUAUCAGAUUCUCUAUGUACCAUUGGAGAAUCGUGAAUUUAAAAAUUUAACUAAAGUUGAUUUUAUUGAUUUCACAAAUUUCUGUGAUGUUAAACGUGAAACAAAAAUCAUGGAACUUGCCAAAGCAAUUGAAUGUGGUCGUGGCUUCGCUAGAGAUAUUGGUGGUUCAGAUCCAGAAAGAAUGAGUGCAUCAAACACGGCUAAAUAUGUUGAAGCUUUAUUCGAAAAUUCAUCAGUAAAAGUGGAAAUUAUUAGUGAUUUGAAAAUAAUUGAAAAAGAAUUUCCCUGUCUAGCUGCCGUUAAUCGAGCCAGUGUUGAUCGUCAUGCAGCACGUGUGAUAUUUUUGUCAUAUGAACCAGAAGAAACACCGGAAAAGACUUUAUUUUUGGUUGGAAAAGGUGUCACUUAUGAUACUGGUGGAUGUGAUAUUAAAUCUGGCGGUGUAAUGGCCGGUAUGCAUCGUGAUAAAUGUGGUGCUGCUGCUGUUGCCGGUUUUCUUGAAACAGUGAAUAAAUUGAAACCGAAAAAAAUUCGUGUCUAUGGCGCUAUGGCAAUGGUGAGAAAUAGUAUAGGUCCAAAUGGUUAUGUUGCCGAUGAAUUGAUUGUUUCACGUGCUGGUGUUCGAAUUCGUAUUGGUAAUACUGAUGCUGAAGGUCGAAUGGCUAUGGUCGAUCUAUUGACCUAUUAUAAAGAGAAAAUUAUUGCCGAACAAAUUCCGAAUCCUGAAAUGUUCACUAUUGCAACAUUGACUGGCCAUUGUUGUAUGGCUGUUGGUUUUGAUUAUUCCAUCAUUCUUGAUAAUGGUCCGGCAAGAAAAAAAAGAACAGCACAAUUAAUUCAAGAAGCAGGUGAUCGUGUUGGUGAUUUGUUCGAAAUAUCCACCAUUCGUCGUGAAGAUUUCAAAUUCAAUGAAGGCAAAUCAGAGUAUGAAGAAAUACUUCAAAGUAACAAUGCCCCAUCAUCACGGACACCACGUGGCCAUCAAAUACCUGCAGCAUUUUUGAUUCAGGUUUCAAAAUUGGAUCAACAUGGAAUCGAUUCCGAUCUGCCGAUACCAUUUUCUCAUAUUGAUAUUGCUGGUUCAUCAGGAUCAUUUCCCGGUGUACCAACUGGAGCACCAAUCGCCGCAUUAACAGCUCGUUAUUUAAUUGGUGAAUUUUAAAUUUUAUUGGG